AUAAUAAUAAUAAUAAUACUUAAUCGAUCGCAUCAACAUCCGGCAUGUCCGCCAUCGCAUUCUGCACCAAAACCGGCUUGAUUGGUAAGGACGCUCUAACUAACUAUCCUCAUUUGCAUCCGCUUCCAGUAAGUAUCGGCCUCGAUCUCGUUUUCCUGCUCGCCAAGCCCGCCGGUCGCUUUUGCCUGAUUCUUUUUCUUGUCUUUUCUUGUCUUUUACUGCUUGUUCCUGUCGCUCUUCAUGACAUAAAGCGCCGGUGGUUGACAUCAUCUGUGAAAAGCCCGCCGCACGCAGUCAAUAAAACCGCAAAUUGCUCCCGCGCAAUAAGUAAUAAUACAAUCUUCAUUUUCCAGAAUAACAAAGCAUCAUAUUCUUUCCUCUCUGUUUUCUUUUUUUGGUUCAUUGAUUUCCAAUCGUGCACCAGAAAAGCUGUGCCACCACGAUUAUUAUUAUUGCCAUCUCCCUCCCAACGGUUGAUCUGGGUCGGGCCCGCAUUGCAACCGAGGCCGAUAGCGAAUCUGAAAAUCGGUUUCGGCUGCCUAGAACAUCCGUCUGAGAAGGGGUACCUAGGUUAGUUAACUAGUUAGUUAACCUGAUUGUCUGCGUUCGCUGAUUAAGGCUGUUCAACUAACUAACUAACUAACUAACUAUUCCCGGCCCUAGAGUCGCUUCCUACAUCAUAAA